UGUUCGUUAAUAUUCGUACCCUUUCUUUCUGUCUUUCUUUCGAACAAAAAUUACCGAAAUUCUCGCGAGAGGAAGAUCAUUUGGUUUGCUUCACUUAAAAAAUUUCUUUUUUUCCUUCCCUCGCGAGGAGAUGUAAAGACGAAGAAGAAAGGGCGUGACUUGAAUCGAUGCAACAUUUUGGGCACACCAGUUUUUAAACUCAUUUCCUUUUCAUAUUUUUAGAAAGAACAAAUUUUGAUUCAACGGGUUUGGAUAUUGUGCAGCAGAUAAGUGUGGUGGUGGUGAUGGGUAGCGGAGGGAACGAGGAAGAUGAGGAUCGGUUCUCCGAUGCUCGCGAAGAGGUUUCAUCUGUUUCCGAUUGCAACUCGGAAGUCGCCGAUGAAUUUGUUCAAGCAACUGGCGAUUUAGACCUUUGGACCAUGAAUCCAGAGAGUGUUACUAACCGCCGACACAAGUUCUUCCAAUCUAUGGGUUUUAGUUUUAAAAAGAGAGACGUUGAUGUCGUCGACCUUCUUCUUGGAGAUUCUUGUCCCGACCAUAUUAUUCCCGUUUUAAACUCUGACGAGGAGGAGAAGAAGCUUUUGUUGAGGAAUGAAUCUACAUCCUCUGAUCGAUCCUCUGUUUCAACUUCUUCUUCUCUGGCUGAGGCAUUCAGUUUCAGAGGAGCCUUUCUGGAGCGCGCCAAGAGAAUUGAUGAUCAGAUUCUGUUAACGAGAGAUUGUUCCAGUAAUAGCAGCAGCAUCGCCGAGGGAUUGAGCGAGUCUGGUUCGAGCAGGUCCGGUGGCUCUCCGUUGAGUCGUUAUGAGGAUUCGCCUAAGAAGGGAGGAGCUGCUAAAGGGUGGUUGAAGAAGCUAGGUGUUCUAACACACGUUCUUGACAAGAAUGAAGAGUCCAUCGAUGGUGGUGAGUCUUUGGGAUCAUCCACACGGAGGCAACUAACUCGAGUUCAGUCUUUUAAAAAGCAGUUCAAGGAGCUCUCGUCUCUGUGCAUCGGACAAGAGUUCUCGGCGCACGAUGGAUCCAUUGUAGUGAUGAAGUUUUCUCAUGACGGCAAGUACUUAGCCAGCGCUGGUGAAGACUGUGUCGUGCGAGUGUGGAACAUAACGGAAGAAGAGAGGAGAGACAAUAAGUUCGAAGUGGCUGAGUUUGAUUCAAGCUCUAACUGUGUUUACUUUGGAAUGAAUGACAAGUCACAGAUUGAGCCGUUAAACAUUGAGGAUGAGAAAAUCGAAAAGAGUAGAAGAUUGUUGAGGAAGAAGUCAGAAUCGACUUGCGCUGUGUUGCCUUCAAAGGUCUUUACUGUAUCUGAAACCCCUCACCAUGAGUUCCGUGGACAUUUAGGUGAAAUCUUGGAUCUUUCUUGGUCGGAGAAAGGGUUUCUACUGUCAUCUUCUGUGGAUGAGACUGUUCGAUUAUGGAGAGUUGGUUCCUCUGAUGAUGAAUGUAUCAGAGUUUUCUCUCAUAAGAGCUUUGUGACCUGUGUGGCAUUCAAUCCUGUGGAUGACAAUUACUUUAUAAGCGGGUCCGUCGAUGGCAUAGUCCGUAUAUGGGAUGUUUCCCGUUUCAGGGUUGUUGACUAUACAGAUAUAAGAGAGAUUGUCACCGCUUUGUGCUAUCGCCCUGAUGCCAAGGGUGCAGUCGUAGGUUCUAUGACUGGAGAAUGUCGCUUUUACCAUACUAUUGAUAACCUGCUGCAACUGGAUAGAGAGAUCAGUUUCCAUGGGGGUAAGAAGAAGGUCCCUAGCAAAAGGAUCACUGGUUUUCAGUUUUUUCCUGGUGACUCCGACAAAGUAAUGGUCACUUGUGCUGAUUCUCAAAUCCGAAUCAUCUGCGGAGUCGAUACAAUCUGCAAGCUUAAGAAAGCUUCAAGUCUUAGGACAACACUGAGCCCAACCUCUGCUUUGUUCACAUCGGAUGGGAAACACAUUGUGUCAACAAUAGAGGACUCAGGGAUUCAUGUUUGGGACUACUCUCAACCCAACAAAAAGGCUGCUUCUUCUCCGAAACCAAAAACGAUCAGGUCUUACGAGGGAUUUCUCUCAGACAAUGUGUCUGUUGCCAUACCUUGGCUAGGCCAGGGGAAAGAAGAGGACAGUUUCAUUGCUGAUUUAGAGAAAAAGUUUGCUCAUUUCCCGUUGCCGAUGGACUGUUUCUCUCCAAUGAAAGGAGCAACAACGUGGCCGGAAGAGAAACUUGGAGUAGUACCAGGUGCAGGUGCAGCAGCGAUUUCAGCUAUAGCCAGCAGCAGAUCCAAGCUGAGGCUCUUGAGGAGUGUGUGCCAGAACGUCAACGUUUCUACGCCGCACCUGUGGGGGCUUGUGAUUGUGACAGCUACUUGGGACGGUAGAAUCAGGGUGUUCCAUAACUAUGGGUUACCAGUUCGGGUCUAAGUAAAGACAUAGUGAAACAGUGUGUACACUUGCAGUGUUAAGAGUAGUAGCAUUCUUUGAUUUCCUUUUAGCUUACUUUAGCUUUAAGAUCAUGAGCUAAAGUUGGUCACUUUGUAUUUUGCGUAUAUGUUAUAUGUGAGAUCUA